AUGGCACAGCCCAAGAACUGGCCUGGUAGGCUGCCAUACCUUUCAGCCCCGGUGCACUCUCGGCUCCUAACCGCGGCCCAACGGCAGGCAAUUAGCCAGAAGCCGGCAGAUGUACCCGACAUACCGGCGCAGGCUACGGUGCUCCCGAGUCCGCUGGUCAAGAUCACGCCCAUCACGGACGACAGGCACCCGGCCAAGGGACAGAGCGGGCUCUUUGCAACGCGGCACCUCAAGCCGGGGACCUUUGUCUUGCCGUACCUGGGCACAGUACACCCGGAGAUGCCGUCCGAUUCGGAUUACGACCUGUGGCUGGACCGGGAGGCUGAAGUCGCGGUGGACGCGGACAAGGGCGGCAAUGAAGCGCGGUUCGUGAAUGACUAUCGGGGGAUUGCGGACAGGCCUAACGCGGAGUUUCGCGAGGUUUGGUGUCAGAGGUUUCGGCAGCGGUGUAUGGCUGUUUGGGUGCUGCCCGAAGGGAAGAGCGGGAGCGGGAAGGCGGGUAUCAGCAAGGGGGAGGAGAUUCUAGUCAGCUAUGGCAAGGGGUUUUGGGGGACUCGGAAGCAUGAGCAGGGUUGA